AUGUCUUACUAUGACGUCGACGCCAUCUUGACGGACUCGCAGAAACUGCCCUGCACCUUCGAAUUGGACGUGCCUGGCCUGGGAUACUUGGAUGGCAAUGCCGGCGGGACGAUCAAAGCGGGCACCAAAAUCGAUCUUCCCAUGUGGCUAGGUGUCAUGUUGGCGGUGUCAACUGGAAACACGCCCGGGUCUCCAAGGCUCGUCACUUUGGAUUUCCCGGCACCGCUUCAACAGCGCGUCAUCAACGCGCUCAAGGCAGACCCCAAGACAGUCGAUUUGCGCGUGCAGGCACCGCACUUUUACGCCCUCGGGGCUCGGAUUAUGGAAUUGUUCGACGAUCGCGCCGUGUUGGAUACUCUGUUAGAAACAUUCAAAGAACGAGCUGCAGAAAUCGCCGAUCAGGCGCACAACCCGCGCGGUGCAUUGGGCGAGGGGGCAGAGUUUCUGAGAGGGCUGGAGGAGAGCGAGCGACAAUUAUUCAAGGCAGCGCACGAGGGUCCCAAAGCCGUGAGAGCUUGGACGCAGGAUCUGAAGAAGAAUACUUGA